AACUCUCCCAAACACCAAGGAGGACGGAGUUCUCAAGGCUGGAAAAUCCCAACAUGAGCGAGGAACAGAACUACCCAACUCCCACCAACAUCAACGACCUUCUUCUCAUCACCCUCCGCUCAAUCCCAAGCAUCGAUUUUUUUCCAUCCCUUGUCCAUCCGAUUCAAAUCCUCCACCUCUCUUCCCCUUCCUCUGUAAAUCCUCUAUGGAAAGAAUCAUGCUAUCACCCUUUCCCACCAUAUUUUCAGAUCCAAUCCAAAACAAUUCCAGAAUCCCACGCCUUCUCUCGGAUUCCAGCACUCUCUUCUUCUGUAAAUCUGAUUUCUCAUUGCCCAGAAGGAAGAACCGAGCUCAAAUUACCUGCUCUUCUCUUGAACAAGGUCUCCAUCCUAAACCCAGGCCGAAACCGAGUCGAAUUCAUGAAGAUCUCGACUCAGAGGCCGAUUCUCAAAAAACCCAGAUGAGAAAACCUGCUACGAGCCUUGGGAAUCAAAUCGAGAAGUUGGUUUUCUUCAAAAGGUAUGGUGAAGCUCUUGAACUGUUUGAAAUUGUAGAAUGCAAGGACGAUUUUGUCUUAGAAGGUAGUACAUAUGAUUCUCUCGUAAAUGCUUGUAUUGGAUUGAGGUCGAUUAGAGGUGUGAAAAGGGUGUUUAAUCACAUGGUCGAGAGUGGGUUCGAACCGGAUCAGUAUUUGAGGAACAGAAUGUUGUUGAUGCAUGUGAAGUGUGGGAUGAUGAUAGAUGCCCGCCGGCUGUUUGAUGAAAUGCCUGAAAGGAACUUGGUUUCUUGGAACACCAUUAUAGGAGGGCUGGUUGACUCAGGUGAUUACAAAGAGGCGUACCAGUUGUUCUUGUUGAUGUGGAAGGAGUUCUCUGAUGCUGGGUCCCGCACGUUUGCUACUGCCCUCAGGGCUUGUGCUGGAUUGGGACUGGUUUUUGCCGGUCAGCAGUUGCAUUCCUGCGUGUCGAAGAUGGGGAUAGAUGGAGAUAUAUUCGUGUCAUGCGCGCUGAUUGAUAUGUACAGUAAGUGUGGGAGCAUUGAAGAUGCUCAAUUUGUUUUUGAUGAGAUGCCGCAAAAGACAGUAGUUGGGUGGAAUUCGAUUAUAGCAGGGUAUGCACUUCAUGGCUAUAGUGAGGAAGCUCUCAAUCUAUAUCAUGAAAUGAGAAAAUUGGGUGUGAAGAUGGAUCACUUCACUUAUUCGAUAAUUAUUAGAAUUUGCACCAGACUGGCUUCAUUAGAACAUGCCAAGCAAGCUCAUGCUGGUCUGGUGCGUCAUGGUUUUGGUUUGGAUAUAGUGGCUAACACAGCAUUGGUGGACUUCUAUAGCAAAUGGGGUAGGGUUGAAGAUGCACAGACCGUUUUUGAUAAGAUGCCACACAAAAAUGUCAUAUCUUGGAAUGCUUUGAUAGCUGGAUAUGCCAACCAUGGCCAAGGAAAUGAGGCUGUUGAAAUGUUUGAGAAGAUGCUUCAUGAUGGAAUGAUUCCAAACCACGUUACCUUUCUUGCUGUUUUAUCCGCCUGCAGUUAUUCUGGAUUAUCAGAUGAAGGAUGGGAGAUUUUUGAGUCAAUGAGUCGAGACCAUAAGAUCAAGCCUCGGGCAAUGCAUUAUGCUUGUAUGAUUGAGUUGUUGGGCCGAGAAGGGCUUUUAGAUGAAGCUUUUGCUUUGAUAAGAGAUGCUCCCUUCAGCCCUACAGAGAACAUGUGGGCUGCCUUGCUGACAGCUUGUAGAAUUCACAAGAACUCAGAGCUCGGAAGGUUUUCUGCAGAAAGGCUUCUCGGAAUGGAGCCCGAAAAGCUAAGUAAUUAUAUCGUGCUUUUGAAUAUAUAUAACAGUUCUGGGAGGCCAGAUGAAGCUGCCAAGGUGUUAGGGACCUUGAAGAGAAGGGGAUUGAGGUUGCUUCCCGCCUGUAGUUGGAUUGAGAUCAAGAAACGAACUCAUGGGUUUCUUUUUGGUGAUAAAUCUCAUCCUCAAAGCAAAGAGAUUUAUAAAAGAUUGGAUGACUUGAUGGAGGAAAUCGCCAAAGAAGGCUACAUUCCUGGUGGGAGAUCUUUGCUUCCUGAUGUGGAAGAACAGGAAGAACGAAUGUCGGUGCAUCAUAGUGAGAAGUUGGCUGUUGCUUUCGGGCUUAUCAGUACGUCUGAUUCAACUCCACUGCAGGUAGUUCAAAGCCAUCGGAUCUGCAGCAAUUGCCAUGAUGUUAUUAAACUGAUAGCCAUGGUUGCUAAACGGGAAAUUGUCCUGAGAGAUGCGAGCCGAUUUCAUCAUUUCAAACAUGGGUCUUGUUCUUGUGGGGAUUAUUGGUGAUUAUACAAAUUCAGGAUACCGUAGCCUAGCCUGCGGAAAGAUUCAAUUUAGCAGCGUGAGGAUGUUUUGCUCCAUCCAUUUCAAUGCAAAGAAAGUUGCAGUGUAUGUCUUUGUACUCCAUAGGAAUAACACAGUCUAAUACAAGAUGUAUACUAAUUAUUUAGCA